AUUUGGCGGGUACGCAGAAAAGCCGAAAAUUAAUUAAUUAAUUAAUUUAACACAGAAAGAAAAUCGAGCUGAAAAGCCCAUCACACCACACCCUACAGUCCUAGUCACACGCUCUGUACAGUGAAGCUGUGAAAAUUCCCCUCUCUCCGAUUCUUCACUUCAAACAACCCGUUUCCAUGGACUUGUACGGUCGGGCCCCCGCCAGAAAUGGAUCCAACCCGCUGAACCAGCCCGAAUGGGGCACCGACACUGCUCUCGAAGAAUCGAUGUGGCAUUUGACGCUGGGUGGUGUCGAAUCUUACCCGGAGCGACCCGGCGUGCCGAAUUGUGUGUAUUACAUGCGGACUGGUGUGUGUGGAUAUGGUGACAGGUGUCGUUUCAAUCACCCUCGCGAUCGUGCUGCGGUUGCUGCGGCAGUAAGAGCUACAGGGGACUACCCAGAAAGGGUGGGGGAACCUCCGUGUCAGUAUUAUUUAAAGACCGGAACCUGUAAAUUUGGUGCAUCUUGUAAAUUCCACCAUCCAAAAAAUGGAGGUGGAUAUUUAAGCCAAGCUCCACUAAAUAUUUAUGGAUACCCGUUACGGCUGGGUGAGAAAGAGUGCUCCUACUAUUUGAAAACGGGGCAGUGCAAAUUUGGUAUAUCUUGUAAAUUCCAUCAUCCUCAACCUGCUGGCACAUCAUUGCCAACUUCUGCACCUCAAUUUUAUCAACAGGUGCAGUCUCCUACAGUUCCUCUUCCUGAACAGUAUGGAGGAGCUUCCACAAGCUUGAGAGUGGCCAGGCCUCCUGUAUUGCCUGGUUCAUAUGUACAAGGGGCGUAUGGUCCUGUACUUCUUUCUCCAGGGGUUGUCCAAUUUCCUGGAUGGAGUCAUUAUUCGGCACCUGUAAGUCCUGUGCUAUCUCCUGGCACUCAACCUGCUGUUGGGGCCACUUCUUUAUACGGAGUGACCCAGUUGUCAUCGCCAACAUCAGCUUUUGCUAGACCAUAUACUCCUCUGUCCUCUACUACCGGCCCUUCAGGAAGCAGCCUGAAGGAUCGAUUUUUUCCUGAAAGACCCGGUGAACCCGAAUGCCAAUACUAUCUGAGAACAGGGGACUGUAAAUUUGGAUUAGCUUGUCGAUAUCAUCAUCCUCGGGACCAUAUUGUGGCACCGCUUCUUAGCCCCGUUGGACUUCCUUUACGUCCGGUGCACUAGGAUCAACAUGGACAGCAAUCAAUCUGGAGUAAGGGACAAUAUUCAGCUUUUGCUUUUCACAAUUGCAGAGUUGGCUCUUGACAGCACAUGAUAUAUAUGUGUAUAUAUCAUGCUCUCCACACGAGCCUUUUUGGCUUGACAUGUGGAAUUCAAUUUCUUAUUUAGAAGAAAGGGAUAGCUAAGAUUGAACUCAUGGUCACAUGGUCAUAGAAGCCAUCAUUUCAUGUCAAAAACCAACCUUCGUAAAUAGUUUAAGCUGUUGAAUAAAAGCAUGUGAUUGUAUUCUUUUUCCUUUCUCUCUCUCUCUCUCUCUCUCUCUAACAGUCUUAAUGUAAAAGCUGUUAUUCACUCUAUUUUUCUCUUAAAAUUAAUAUGGUAUAAAUGCGACUUGCUAUAA